CAAGGUUCAAAUACUCUGCUUCCUUCCGUGUUUAAAGAACCAACGAAAUAAAAAAUCAAUAUGUCUGCAUUAAGAAGCGUAGUACUACUACCAUUUACAGCGGGAAGAGUCAUUGGUCGACACGGUAGAAAAUCUCAACACGAUGGAAGCCUAUCAUCUGUUGUCAUGCUAACAGUCAUUUUUGCUCUUACAUCAGCCAACAUAGUAGUGACUGUGUAUGAACCAAUAGAACCAAAAGGAUCAUUCGAUAUGACUUAUAUCUUGUUAAUGUCACUACAAAGUUUGGGCCUUCUUUCUUGUAUUUGUCUUCCAAUUUUACUCAAAACCAAGAUAAUAAUUUCAGAAAAACAGGAAGUUAAACCAGCAAUUAAAAUUAGACUCUUUUUUCUGUGUAUUUUUGCUUUUGGAGGAUUAUUUCACAUAUCGACACACCUGGCAUGCAAUAUGUCUGGAUUUAUGAUACGCCACAAUCAUUUCUUCAAGUCAGAAAUUAUUUGUGAUAUUUUAGGUAUUUUAUAUUAUCCCGUACAAACAGUUGUUGUAGUCGUUUUGGUUCAAUAUCAACUUAAACCGUCAGUUCUUGUUCAUUAUUUACUCAUUUUCCAAAUAGGAACAUACAUUUCCUUUUGGAAUUAUUACUUGCUUCAAGGUCUUCGUGCGCCUUCAAAGGAAGGAUUGAGCAUACAUGAAAAUUGUGGAAACAACACAGAUAUAAUUGAAUUGUUUAAUUCGACAGAACCAUUUCUUGCACCUACUGUUAUAGCAUUUACUUUGAUGGUGGUUUUAUUACUGGCUUCAACGUGGCCUGUAACUACCCUUCUACAGGCGUUACCGAUUAGCCAAUUAUCGGUAGACAACAACGAAGAAACCCAACUGAUUGUAGAAAGAUCACCUGAAAAUAUGCCAACGGGAUGCCGGGAGAUUUCUAAAAAAUCUAGUUUUGCAUUUCUUUGUGGAAUUUUCAUCAAUAUUCCAUUGUUGAUUUUUACAUGUCUAUAUGAUGUACAUUCAACUGACGAAAUAAAACUACCGUUUUAUAUAAUCGCACUUAUUUCCAAAAUCAUCCUGUUUGUAGCUAUUUCAAGAGGAUACAUGUUAAUUCCGAAAGAUUGCAAGGUUUUGCUUAGCCGCGUCAAAAUUAUCGCUAUUGCAAACUGUCUUCUAAUUUUUGGAUUAUGGGGAAUGGUUUUCUUCGAAUGUCUGAAUUUUAUCAGCGUUUAUAAUGAAGACUGGACCGAGGUUAAACUGGUAUAUUUACUGCAGAAUAUAUUAGCGUCAUUGACGGCUUUGCAGUUAACUAUAUUUCUACUACAAAUGAAGCAUUACGAAAAACGAAGACGUCCACUGGCUUGGUCGUCAAUAGAAAUGAACUGUAUUUUCCUUGUGGGAUUUUUACUGGUUUACUGGAUUAUUGAUACUUUUAUUGCAUCACAUAACCUUAUAUCAACUACAGAUACAGCAACCGAGAAUUCAAUUUUAACAGUAAUGGGACGUAUUGUUUUCCCGUUUGUUUUAUUUUUUAGAUUUCAGUGUAUUUUGCAGCUCUAUGAGAUUUAUAAGAUUUUUGGAACCUGAUCAUUCUUUAAUAGGGCCCGGAUCAAGGAUGAUGCAGCCCUAUAGUUUUCACUUUGUCUGUCUGUUUGUCUGUCUGUCCGUCCACAAUUUUUGUAACCACAAAACUCUAAAAGUAUAGAUAAGAGGCCAAUGGAAUUUUGCACAGUUGUUGUGCAUCAUAUGUUGAUUUUGGUGAAACUCGGCUCAUUAAUUUAGGUAAAAUCUUCGUUUUUGUUAAAUAAUCACAAAUUCUGGGACAUGUCUUCUUAUAAUAGGAUUUUAACAAAGCCUGAUAUAUACCGGUAUAGGUGUAUCAAAAUGCAUUCAAAAUUGCGUUCUUAAGCCAAAAUGGUGUUCAAGACUUAGAUUUUCUUAAAAAAUGAUAAAUUCUGAGAAACAUAUUUCUUGCUAGGAUUUAAAUGAAAAAGGUAUCAUGUGCUAUUACGAAAUGAUUAUGUGUGUCAAAAUUAUUGGUUGCCCAUCAUUUACGAAAAUGCCCACCAAAAUACAUGUCAUAUUGGUUGGAUUUUAAGUAAACCUAUAUUAAUAGAGAACACAUCCUGAAUUAUUUGCUGGUGUCAAAGUUUAUGAAAAUAGACAACCUAUACACUUGUUUGUAUGCAUCAGUCUCUUUGCCUCACAUAAAAAUGUGCAAGCGGGGCCCUUGUCGACAUGUUAGUUUUUUCCAGUUUUCACCAAUAAAGCUAAUAUUUGUAAAUAUGAAAUUUUAUUUCCUGCUGUAUAUACAUGUAUCCUUGCAAUUUUUUUUAAUUUUAGUAGCAAUGAUACCAUUUAGGGGAAUAAGCACUACAUUUUGUAUACUUGUAUUUUAGUUGUGUUGGCUGCUAUGUCUGAAGGUGUUUUAGAUGAUCAACCGUAAUUCAUGUAAGCAUUCUUAGACUAUCAUAAAUACAUCGUAUAUGAAACAAAAUUCAAAUGUGCCACUUAAAGUUUCACGGAAUAGUUCUUUCCCUAUUUCACUUUUUACACGCCAUUUAUUGACUUGUAUCAAUGUAUAAUACCGUUUGUCCAUUCAUACGUCGAACAAUAGCUCGAGAGCGAUUUGGUCAUUAACACCGUAUACAACUGACCCUUUUUUGAAACCCGAAGGAUACGACCCUUUACCACUGUUUACUUGAAGGGCGUGUCAAUCUCUGUAUGCAUUCCAUUUUAUUUUCUCAAAAUUCUUAAAUUUGAUAUAAGUCCUGUUUUACAUCCUUAGUCUAAAUGAACAGAUGUAGCAAUUCGAUGUAAUAUUUUUUUUUGGUUUAAAUAACAAAAAAUGCACGAUAUUUUGUAAAAAGUGAAUGUAUAAAUUUUUUCUCAAUAAAUAUGAGCAAAA